AAUUAAAACAUUGUAUAACAGGAAUGCAUCAAUCAAUGUAUAGAAAAGAUUAUGAAACAGCAGCAUCUUAUGUCAAUAAGGCUUUUUCAAUAGACCAAAAAAUAUUAAAUGGGAAAUUUGCAGAAAUGGCUGUGCCAUCAUCAGAAUAUCCAGAAAUACCAACUAAAACUUUAACAGAUAUUAGAGAGGCUUUAUUUACUAUAUUUUCAAGAGAAUUUGAUUUAGCCAUACAAUCAAAGGAUGAAAAAAGUAUUAGUAGGUUCUUUAGAUUAUUUCCUUUAAUUGGUAAAGAAACUGAAGGUUUGGAUAAAUAUUCAAAAUUUGUUUGUGGAAUCAUUGCUGAUAAAAUUACAGGACCAAACUUCUAUGGGCAUGCUCUAAAUAAAUUAUUUGAAAAUAUUGCAAUGAUUAUUGAUCAUCAUCAACCUGUUGUAGAAAAUCAUUAUGGAUCUGGUAAAAUGAUCAGAGUUAUUGAAAGACUUCAAGAAGAAUGUGACAAACAAAGUAUAAUUAUUAUAAACAGUUUUAGUGAUGAAAGAAAUCUUGAAAGAAAGGUAGUAGAUGUUCGAACUUAUAAUAGUAGUGCAUCUAAAAAAUCUAUUACUAAUUCACAACAUUCAGGCAAAUCAUCAAAAAACAAUGAAACUAAUCCUGACCCAAGAGAAUUAGAUUUAAUAUUAUCAGAAUUAGCAAUGAUUAGUGCAAGAUCAUGUUUAUAUCUUAGGUUUAUGGAAUCUAGAGCACAG